AUGAACAGCGAUGUUUUGUACGAGGUCAUCAAGUACCUAGACUUUCCAGUAAGAAGUAGGAGGAUACAGCAGGCACACCUAAGUACAGGCAACUCCAGAAGAAUGAUGAGACUAAACAAAGAUCUUGUCGAAAAAAAGCUGUCUGAUCGCCCGCAGAUCGUCGACCUCAAGACAUCCAACAUAUACAGGGAACAUGGAAUAAACUUUCGCAAGAUACACAAGAAACUAUCAGAUGUUUUCCUUCGAAGGGGCACCCCUCCAUUUCCAAACGUGUCAGCCACCCUUGCAGGAACAGUAAAGAUAAUGGACUUCAAGCUAAGAAGGAUAAUGCUUGCGUCAAGAAUAAGCAGCAGAAAACAGAUGCACAAAGCAUAUUAA